AUGCUGCUACCUCGACUCCGCCACCUUGUUUCCGCACGCAGGCUUCUUUCGACUGAUAUCAACCGUUCCAACAUGAAGGAAGUCGCCAUCUUCGCCUCUGGCUGCUUCUGGGGCACAGAACACAUCUUCCGCAAACACUACCCCCUCGAGCCCGCGCCCGGCAAAGGCAUCCUCUCAACGACCGUCGGGUACACAGGGGGCAACGACCACUUCCCGAACCCGCACUACCGACUGGUGUGCACGGGCGCGACGAAUCACGCGGAGGCGGUGAAGCUGGAGUACGACACGGACGUGGUCUCGUAUGCGGAGCUGGUCGAAUUCUUCUACCGCACGCACGAUCCUACUACGGUCGAUCGGCAGGGCGGGGAUAUGGGCACGCAGUACCGAUCUGCGAUCUUCACUACGACGCUGGACCAGCAGACGGUUGCACAGCGUGUCACGGAGGAGGUGCAAGCGAAGCAUUUCACGCCCAAGGGCUUGAAGAUUAUUACGCAGAUCGUGCCAGCCGGUCCGUGGUGGGACGCCGAGGACUACCACCAACUGUAUCUUUUCAAGAACCCGGGCGGGUACCAGUGUCCGACGCACCGCAUGCAUUGGUGA